GUCAUGGAUAAAGUGACAGAUGAUCUGAAUGUUACAAUUAUAACUUUUGGUGGGCACGUAGAGCUGCACAAAUACAGAUAUCUCUAUUUUACGAUCAUGUUUGUUGUAUAUGUUCUUAUUAUCUGCAGUAACUCAACCAUCUUGAGCCUCAUCUGGGUUCAGAAAAGCCUUCACGAGCCUAUGUACAUUUUCAUUGGAGCUCUCCUUUUUAAUUCACUUCUUUUCAGCACUUGUAUUUAUCCCAAACUUUUGAUCGACUUUUUAUCUGAGAAGCAGAUAACAUCUUUAUCUCUGUGCAAUUUGCAGAGUUUUACAUAUUACUCUUUAUGCGGUGCUGAGUUCUUACUGCUAUCAGCCAUGGCUUAUGACAGAUAUGUGUCUAUAUGUAAACCGUUGCAAUAUGAGGUUAUUAUGAGAACAAAAACUGUGGUUGUUUUGCUGAUAUUAGCUUGGAUUUUACCUGCCUGUCAGCUUGUGCCCUCGCUUUUUAUCAGUAAGAAUUACAAAGUCUGUCACUUAACUUUAAAUGGGAUUUUCUGUAAUAAUUCAAUCUCACAGCUGUUUUGUAUGACUUCAAGGGCUUCAUAUAUUACAUAUGGUGCUUUUAUUGCACUUAAUACAGUAUUCCUACCAAUGAUUUUUAUAUUAUUUACAUACAUAAAAAUACUAAUAAUAUCCUUCAGAAGUUCUGCGAGAAUGAGAAAGAAAGCAGCAAAGACCUGUUCCCCUCAUCUGUUGGUUAUGAUAAGUUUCUCUUGUUUGUGUUCUUAUGAUAUUGUUAUUGCCCGACUGAAAAUUGACUUGGAUAGAACUGCACGUUUUAUAAUGACUUUACAGGUGGUUUUGUAUCAUCCUCUCUUUAAUCCAAUAAUAUAUGGUUUAAAGAUAGAAAAAAUCUAUAGACACCUUAGAAAGAUGUUUUCUUACGACAAAUGCCUCUGUGUAUGAAAUGCAAGAUGAGCAUUCAUCAUUUGAAACUCUUUUAGAUUAUUCAGCUUCAACAAUGCUAUGGUUACCUUCAGUUUAAAUCUCAAUGAUUUUCUUUAACCAGAUUGCUAUGUUAUUUCU